AUGGUGUCAACGUCUCGCAAUAGUAUCACGGUUGCCAGCGGCCAAGGCAGCAGCGAUGCGAGCUCACGGGGUAGCAGCCCUGUCGCUGCCGCUGCCGUCGCUGCCGCUGCAGAGAAGGGAGCCGUUGAGGUUGUCCGCCCUGCAAGCCCGCUGCCGAAUAACGGCAAUGCGGUUGCCGUCGUUCCUGUCACUCAGACGACUUCCAACUUGAGUUACGAGAACUCAAACCUGGAUGAAAUCAUGCUCCGCCAGCUGAGUGAAGACAUCAUGGCGUACAACCACGAUGUCGAUUUCUGCAAGGCGCAACUGGAGGAUCCUGACCUGACCCCCCAGGAGGCGCGGACCCUGCAGCUCCGGACCCUCGACCUGGGCCACCAGAUCCGCCACUGCCAGCACCGCAUCGAGACGCUUCAGGUGCAGCUGCACAAGCAGGGAACUCGCUUCCGCCAUCAAAACUACGGUACGACGAUGAUGAUAACCGCGGGCAACGGAGCCCACAUCAGCAGCAACGGCAAGCCUCGAGCCAGCACUGGUGGCGGCGGAACCGGACUGACUGUGAAGCACGCCGCCAUCUCGACUCCCAUUUUAGGAAAACGCGCGGCACCAGCAGUUCCGGCAGCACAAGGGGAGGACGACGACGAUGACGGCGCCGUGAAGCGGCCAAAGAUCUCGUCCUCGCCCGAUUACGAGGGAGUCCCCGACGCGGACGGCGCUGCCAACACCACGCUGCAGCGCCUCGGCAUGUGGAGAUGCCGGCUGUGCUCGGCUCCCAAAUAUCUGCUCGCUGGCAGCGGCCGCUCCCCUGCGGCGCCGUGUAAGUGGCCUCUGAAGGAUAUUUCAAAGAUGAUCACGCACUUUACCGAGAUGCACACCGAGCACACCCCGGCGGAGCGGUGCACCGAGCUUGGGACCGCUCUAUCGCUAAACCGGGGUCCAUUUGAGUAUUGGCUGCGACGCACCCGUGCGCAGAACGUGGGAGAUGGCUCCAUCAUCAACGACUGCAUCAACAGCCUGCUUAGCGGCCAGAUGCCCGGUCAACUUCGACGCCUCAGCAGGGCCGCGGCGGGAAUGCCCUCUUAA